AUGGCUACAGGUGGAAAUAUUGAUCCACAACAGUUUACACGUGUAUCAGAUAUUGUCAAAGAACCACAAAAGAUGCUCAUGCCAAUUGAAGGGUACGAAGAAAUGCCGAUAGUAUCAUUGGAGGAAGCUGUUGCACCACUUGUUUCGAUUUUACCUAAAGUUCAAAAUUAUGCUUAUGUGGCGAAAGAACGAUGUGAAUCUGUACCUUCGGAUGAUUUAACACAGGACGAAUCAGCUUCUAUCAUGCUUUACUCCAUGGAAUGGGAACCACAUGACAAAUGUUUAUAUUUUGCCCUCAAUGCAGCUCUUCGCACUGAAGAUAGGCGAAAAUUAAAACCGUGGUUCUUGUAUUUGAAACUUAUUCUUACGGCACUCGAAAAAUUACCAUCCACACGAUGCCAUGUCUUUCGUGGAGUGAAUUUAGAUCUAUCUAAUCAAUAUGCUAAAGGAAAAAAAUUUGUCUGGUGGGGAUUUUCUUCAUGUACAACAUCGAUAGAAGUACUCGAAAACGAACAAUUUUUAGACAAAACUGGUGAAAGAACACUGUUUACUAUCGAAUGUGAUAGUGGCAAAGAUAUCAGUCGUCAUUCGUAUUUUCAAUCGGAAGAAGAAGUUCUUCUUCUGGCUGCUCGACAAUUUAUUGUAGUAGGCUGUCUUCGACCAGCACCAGGUCUUCAUAUGAUUCAACUAAAAGAAACAAAGCCUCCAAUUACUCUUUUACAACCAGUUACAAAUCAAGCUAUAGAAAUUGAACCAUCGCCGAAUCUUGGUCUACUAAAUCAAUCUACAACUAGUACUGCAACUAUAUCAAAAAAUCCAAUAACAACAAAUCAAAUAUCAACUCAAUCUGCAAUAAAACAAAGUAUGUUUCAUUAA